AUGCACCCUCCAAAGAAAAAAGAAAGCUCUCUAGAAUACACACAAAACAGAGCAUGUGCAGAGUGACUCCCAGAGCUCCGUACUAUCAGUAGAUGGACUGGGGAGAGCAGAAGAAGGGGAUGAUCAGAGAAGACAGCCUUUUUACACUAUGCGGAAGAUUAACCCCUUAGGUACCACAGUGAGUAUAACAAGCAUGCUUUACUGCCAGGGGCGGACUGACAACUCAUGGGGCCCCCGGGCAAUAGGGGAUCAUGGGGCCCCUGUGUCCUUACCCAAACUCAAAAAAGCCUAU